CAAACGAGACAAAAACAAAACUUGUUGCAAUUAAUUGAAUAGUUUGAUCAAUAUUUUCCAAGUAUAGAGAGGUUUAAUAAAUAUGAACAAUACAGGAGAAUAUGAAAAGAUCCAACUUUCCAAGCAGGAUUUACGGUAUAUAUACGGACAGAUAUAUAACAAUACCACUGCCAAGUUGGAUCUACACCUUCCUACAUCAAAUAUAGAUGUAUUGAAAAAAAAUGUAGCUGGGUUAUUAGAUGAAUAUCUUAUGGAUGCAUUUGAAAUGGCAUGUAAUGCAUUGGUGGUCGAUGGACAAGAAUUGAGUACAAAGUUAUCUCAUAGAAAGGGACAACGAAGACAAGAUGAUGAAGAAAGUCGUAGACAAGUGAUUCGUGAUUUACUUGAAUUAGCACCAAGAGAAAAAAUAGAACCAUUUGAUUUUGAAUUAAAUGGAGAAUUACGUAAAUUAUUACAAAGAGUUGAAGAAGAAACAAUUGAAGUCACACAGUAUCGUAAGGAAAUCCCACUUAAGGCUAUGCAGGAGUAUGAACGAUUAGUUGCAAGAACAGAUGAUGAAGUAACUGGGAUACUUCGAAAGUUAGAAAAAGAAGCUAAACAAGAGGCUCAAAUCGAGUCAGUCGAUGAAUAUCCAAUUAUUAAUGAGGAUCGAUUGAAUAUGAUUGAACAAGAUUAUGAAGAAGCACUUUUGAAAUUAAAUGAAUUGAAAAGAAGUAUCCCAGGAGAAGCGGCUGAAAUAGAGAGAUUGGAUGAUACAAUCAAGUUUCUUGAAGGAUUGAAUGGAACAACAACCAGUCCAAAUCCAUAAGGAAGAAAUAACACAGCA